GGGGAGAGGGCGUGACAGGGCGGCCUGGCUAUCAACGCCGGCCCUGUCGAUGUCCGAGAUGCCUAUGGUAACCCUGGUCCUGAUCCAGACCCCAGCUCGAGAAACAUUGUCCUGCAGCCCUGCUUCGGCUUCUUAGAUAAAACCUAGCGGCCAACCUGACCGUCGAACCUAAUCCUUCGUCUUUUCGCAUUCUCAUACCAUCCCUCAUAGCUACCUCUACUUCAAACCCUUACAAUCGUCUUCGAUAUGUCGCGCAUAGACCCGUCCCUCACAAUGCCUGAAGCUCCAGACUCAUCAGCUGGAGUAUUCUUCAACCCCGUACCUUUGAGCUCCCAGCUGUACCUCAAUGUCAAAGACCGCCACUCCAUCCAAUUCCAGACGGCAAGACUCCCAUGUGGACGCCACUAUUUCUCAGCAUCAAUGUUUAUGGAUUUGGGCAGCUCGCCCCACGAGCUUGGAAACGCGGUUCCUCACCUGCGGAGGCACAAUCACAAUCAUUGCCGAAUGUUGGAUACCUCACGAGUCCGAGCCUAUCGUUCUUUGGGACACGACUUGCAAGAUUGUACUGGGGAUCAAGCGCGACUUCCACCGACACGACAUUCGAGCCGAGUCCCCCAGACUCAAUCGCCGGCGCUAACGACAAAGAACGCAAACAUGGUACCUCAUGUGAGGACGGCAACCCGGACGAGGAGGACGACUUCGGUGAGGGGAAUGACCUGGGCGAAGAGGAUAAACUGGGUGAGAAGGGUGACCUGCAGGAAGGGCAAGCUUACAAAAUAGUCUGUGCUCGUCUCAAACCCUCCGUCGUGGACGGGCGAUAUCCGAGGGCUAAUAGUGGGCAACUCCAACUUCUCCCGCGUCCUGUUCUUAGGCUUGGUGGGAAGGGCAAGCUUGAAGAUGAGGACAACCUCGGGGGGGAGGAUCAACCGGAUGAAGACAAUCUUGGUGAGGAGCAUCUACCGGAUGAGGGGCCGCCCCAGUGUGAAGACGGAGACUUCGUGCUGGUCUGAUUUUGUCCCAAACAUUCUGCCGUGUAAGGGCAACAUUGGAGUGUCAGAAAGGGGCAUUGCCGUCUUGCUUGACGUCCAGUCCAUGGGCAUUGGA